AUGUCGCUGGCAUCCCUUCCAACAGAGCUUUUACAACAUAUCGCAAAUAAGAUAGAAUCCCUCGAAACGCUUAGCGCGUUGUCUUGUGUGAAUCAGCGGUUCUAUGCCAUUUUCAACCCGGUGCUGUACGAACGCGAUGCUCGCAACAGCAGCAUCGCUCCCGGUAGUUUCGCUGUUGCCUGGGCCGCUAAGCAUGGAAACAUAGAUCUUUUGAAAAGGGCAUUAAGCUAUGGGGCUGAAUUAUCCCUAUCAUCACCGCCACAGAAAAAGAGAAGAUCAGGCCCUGCCCCAGGGGAGCGGACGUGUAUGAUGGGAGGCUGGCACCAACUCCUGGGAACAGAAGAUCGACCAGAUCAUCCUCUCUGCAUAGCCGUUCAAGAAGGCCAUAAAGACAUUACGGAAUUCCUAAUUGUCGACAAGGGAUGCGACAUUAACAUGCAAAACCAACAAGCGUUCCCCUUAUUGAGUCUCGCCGUGGGUUCUGAACAGUUACAAAUAAUCAAACUCCUGCUCAAACUAGGCGCUUCGUCACAACAAGUGGGAAACUAUCCCGGUGGGUUUAAGAGGAAUCCUCUUCGCUUUGCGGUGGUGGAUGGGAGGGAGGAAGUCGUGGAAUUGUUACUUGACCCGGAGCUGCAUCCGGACUGCAGGCCAUCUGUCGACCAGAUGCAGGAUGCCCUUGAAUUGGCUUUGCAUUACGACGAGGAGGCUUACGAUAAUAAAGAAAAUAUUCUACGUCUUCUACUAGAUUCUAGCCUUCUUGAUGGCGAUGGCGGGUUAGAUUUUUCAUUCCGAGGUAUAGGGGCUACAAGGACCCCGUUACUCUGGGCCGUUGAGCAGGACGAUAUCAAGUACUUGGAAUGGAUUCUGAGUGCAGGCGCGGAUCCGAAUUUCCCAUCGAAUUUAGUGCCAUGGAAUAUUGCUUUGGUACGAGCAGUCAAACUCAAGAGCGAAGACAAGGUCAAACUCCUCCUGCCAAAUUCGGAUCGGGUACGACGUACUUUGGCUCUGGCUUGGAGUAUCAAGUUGUGGUCCCCUGAUGACGAGAAUGGGCGCAAUAUUCCGCAUAUGCUACUGGAAAAUGGCACUCUACCGGAAUUCGAGUCGGGCGAUCAUAGAUUCCUACGAAGUGGAAGCCUUAGAGAGGCUAAUCUCGGCGGAUGCACUUUCGGGGUCGAGUAUCCAGAGGAGCUAACGAAUGAACCGCUGGUUCUUGCGGUUCAUUCUGGGCACAUUGCAUUAGUACGGCUACUAGUUGAGCAUGGUGCAAACGUCAAUAUACGCUUUUACGAUAUAUUGGAAAACUUUGGGGAGGUGUCGGAAUCCUUGUCGUUGGCGACCAAAUUGGGACAUGUGGAAAUCGCGCAGUAUUUGCGAGAUCAUGGAGCGGUAGAACGGGACUACAUAGCUGAGAAUAUGGCUCGGUUUGCGGGUUGGUCAUACAAUAGACCGCUAUCUACCGAUCCAAUAGUUCAAGCUACAGAUGAUUCAUUUGCAUCUAUACCUAAGUAA